AGAAGUGGGGGGAAGCAAGGUUAGUAAAGAGAGAGAAAUGUCUGACAAAACAGGUCAGGAGGCCAAAAGGCCAUGAUGUGAAAACAGGUAGGUUGUCCAUCUGAUUGGGGGCACAGUCUCUGAUGGGGGUGCUGCUUCAGAUUGAGUGCGGCUUAGAAGGAGUGCUUAAGCAGGAGAACUCAAGCAGCAGGAAGACACAACAGCAAGAAGUUCUACUGCAUGCUGGACAGACUGCAAGCAAACAUCCCGGGAAACCUCUUACAUGCCUGAGUCCCACUCCGUGUACCUUUAUAUAAUAUGCCCCUCUUCUCCUUAUCAUAUUACUAUCCUCUGUUCCCAAAUC